GGCCCGGGCCUCCUCAGCUGUUUGUCUGUUUGUAUAAAAACUCUGCGUCUCGGCCUCAGUGCGUCUUCACACCGGCAGCAGCAGCAGAUCCAUCUGGAAAGUCCAAACACAGGAUGGCAGCUCCCAAGAAAGUGUGUGUGAUCGGCUCUGGUAACUGGGGCUCUGCCAUUGCCAAGAUCGUGGGCGCCAACGCAGCCAAGUAUGACAAGUUUGACACCACAGUGAACAUGUGGGUGUUCGAGGAGACGGUGAACGGCCGUAAACUCACAGAAAUCAUCAACACAGACCAUGAGAAUGUGAAAUACCUGCCUGGUCACAAGCUGCCCCCCAACGUGUUGGCUGUUCCAGAAUUGGUGGAUUCUGUGAAAGGAGCCGACAUCCUGAUCUUUGUGGUCCCUCACCAGUUCAUCAUGAGAGUGUGCGACACCAUCAAAGAUCACAUCAAGAAGGACACUGUGGGAAUGUCUCUCAUCAAGGGCAUCGAUGCGAGUCCAGAGGGUCUGAAGCUGAUCUCAGAGGUGAUCCGAGGGAAGCUGGGCAUCACCAUGACCGUCCUCAUGGGAGCAAACAUCGCCAACGAGGUCGCUGAGGAGAAGUUCUGUGAAACAACCAUUGGGUGUAAAGACAAAACAUACGGGUCCAUGUUGAAGGAGCUGAUGCAGACCACCAACUUCCGUGUGACCGUAGUGGAGGAGUCGGAUGUCGUGGAGAUCUGUGGAGCUCUGAAGAACAUCGUGGCAGUCGGAGCAGGUUUCUGUGACGGUCUGGGCUUCGGCGACAACACUAAGGCGGCAGUGAUUCGUCUCGGCCUGAUGGAGAUGAUCGCCUUUGCUAAGUUCUUCUGCACGGCCUGCCACGUCUCCCCCGCCACCUUCCUGGAGAGCUGCGGCAUCGCUGACCUCAUCACCACCUGCUACGGGGGACGCAACCGCAAGAUCGGGGCGGCCUUCGCCAAAACAGGAAAAACCAUCGAGCAGUUAGAGAACGAGCUGCUGAACGGACAGAAGCUUCAAGGUCCAGCAACUGCGAUGGAGGUCCAUGAAAUCCUGAAACAGAAAAAAAUGGUGGAAAAGUUUCCUCUGUUCACCGCUGUUUACCAGAUCUGCUUCAACAGCCACCCCGUCACUGAGUUCAUCAACUGUUUGCAGAACCACCCAGAGCACAUGUGAGGGACCGCCGCACAGGGAAAAGGACUUUUGCACUAGAAAACCAAAGAGUUUAUACGACGGAGACGUCAGCUGAAGAAUGUGCUUCAUCCUGACGUCUCCAACAGAGAAAAGAAAGAAACCUGUCCUCCCUCUGCCUGAGCUGCUGUGUUGACCUGCUGUUAUUACGUCUCUGACAUAACGUCUGACACCUCCUCUGCUCUAACUUAACGAUUCAUAAAUGUACGUGUCGUCAAUCUACCAGGUCUUAAAAGUGUGAAGAAUUUGAGUUAAAUACACGUAACCCUGACCUGGAUGUUUUGAAAUGUUACAUCAUGUCUUGGGUAAAAGUGCCUUUUUUCACCGUGUUAAACAAAGCACUGAACACUAAAGCCACCACCCCCCCUGUACCGAGAUGUAACCGAUAACUGAACAAGGUUUAUUUUAGGAAUAAAUGAUUGUUUAUGGUG